AUGAUCAAAAAAGAAUAAAUUAGAAACCAAUUAAAAAAACAACUCUUCUAAAAUUAAGGAUUACGAUAAAAGAAAUCUCUUGAUAUUGAAAAUAACCUUACACAAAAUCAUUCCCUUUAACCUUAAGAAACAUUUCAAGAUGCUUACCUUUUAAUGGAAAAAAUUGGUAUAUUAAUCAAUCAUAUAUAGGUGAGGGUGCUCAUUCUGUCGUUCGUAAAUGUUUGAAAUUACCUAAAUAAAAAAAUGCUAAAUCUAUUAUGACAAAAUCUAUCUAGAUAUAUGCAGUUAAAUGUUUUAGAACUGAUGAUCCAGAAAUUGUCAAUACUAUUAUUCAAACUUUUAAUUUAUAAAGAUAAUUAUAGGAUGUCCCUAGAAUCUGUAAAGCCUAUGAUCUUUUUAUAGAUUAAAAAACUAAACACUAAUAUCAAGUUAUAGAAUUUUGUGAUAUUCCCAGUCUUGAUUAGGUGUAUCCUUUACUAUCACUUAAACAUAAAUAAGAAACCAUUAAAUAACUAGCUCAAACUAUUGCUUAGAUUCAUUCUAAGGGAAUAUGCCAUAGAGAUUUAAAACCAGAAAACAUAUUAAUUUAAAUGCAUCCAGAUAUAUAAAUUAAAUUAAUUGAUUUUGGAGUUAGUAAAAAAUUCAAAUUUAAGGAUACAUUUAAAGAUAUGUGGACCGCAACUGGAACCAUUGUAUAUUAAGCCCCUGAAGUAUUUUUAGGUGGUGGAUAUGAUGAGAAGGGUAGUUAUAGUAUAAUAUUAAAGUUGACAUUUGGUCUAUUGGUGUAAUAUUAUACUAAUUAUUAUGUUAUCGACUUCCCUUCUUUGCUGAUAGUGUAAGUGAUACAAUAGAUUUGAUAACUUCGGAGGAUUAUCCAUAUCAAUACACAGAGGAGUUUUAGAAUCUAAGUUUCAUAGAGAGAGAUUUAAUAAAAAGAUUGCUUAAACAUAAUCCUAAUCAUCGAUUAUAUGCUGCAGGUAUAUUUAUAAUUAAAUUAAGAUAUCUCAUUACAUCCUUGGUUUGAAGAUUAGAAUAUGAAUUAAUAAUUUGAAAUAUGCGAUGAUACAAAUCUAAUGACAAGAAUGGUAUUGGAAGAGAGAACUCUUUCAACUCAGAUAGGAAAUGAAAUUUCAGAUUAACAACUUUAGAAUCUGAUAGAUAGUUAUGAAUGGGGAAAAAGAAUUCAUUUUUAAAUAUGA